GGAGAAGUGACACAGGAAGUGACUGAGGUCUCGGUUAGUCUAAAGAGGUGAUGAUGUUUCCUCACAAGCUCCAGCUCUUCAGCAGCGGCGCACACGGACGCGGCGUGCUGCAGCAGACAUUUUCUCCUCCGUCCUCCUCUGAGUGCUGCUUUCUGAGACUACCAGGCUGGAGGGAGGCCUCGGCUCCAGUUUGCUGAGGAAGCUUUCCUCUAGGAAGUCUGACCACCGCAACAGCAACCCCCAGCCUCAAGAAGCCAAUGAAAUGGGAUUAGAAGGCGGCUCGAACCGACUGAGCUACAGGCUGUCCCGCCUGGGCAGCCGGCACCGGUCCAGGGAUGCUCAGAGACCUCCAGCUCAGCCAGAAAGACCUCCUCCUCCUCCUCCACAAGAGGAGAGGUCUCCACCAGCGCCCUAUGAGCCUCCAGCUCCGCCUCCGGCUCCUCCUUCUCUCCCGCCGUCAGCGGAGAAACCCCCGAAGCGGCCAGACAAAGCAACCAAGCCCAAGCUGCCCCCUCGGCCGCUCUCCAAGGUGUUCAGCAGCAGUGAACACGGAGCAGCAGUGCUGCAGGGCUUCGAUGUUUUCCGGGGCGAUGAGACUCUGUGUGAUGUGGUUCUGGUUCCUGGAGACAGCUCAGAAACCUUCCCGGUGCACAGAGUCAUCAUGGCUUCAUGCAGCGACUACUUCAAGGCCAUGUUUACAGGAGGCAUGAGGGAGCAGGAGAUGAGAGAGAUCAAACUGCAUGGGGUCACUAAGACGGGCUUAAAGAGCAUCAUUGAGUUCAUCUACACGUCCAAAGUCGUCCUGGACAUGGGCAACCUGCAGGACACGCUGGAGGCCGCCAACUUCCUGCAGGUCAUGCCUGUUCUCAGCUUCUGCAACCAGCUGCUGAGCAGUGAGAUCACAAUUGAUAACUGUGUGGAAGUCGAACGCAUCGCUGAAGACUUGCUUUUGGAAGACGUUCAGGAAAAUAUUGGUAAGUUUGUGAGUGAGAACCUCUCAGCGCUGGUGCAGUCCGACCGCUACCUGCAGCUCUCCGAGACCAGCAUGGCCAACGCUCUGGCCAGCAACUCGCUGAGGGGUUUCUCCGAGCUGGAGCUCUUCCACAUCGCCAAAGGGUGGCUGGAGCACGACCCCGCCAAACGCAGAAAGUCGGUUUACGCCCUGAUGCGCCACAUCCGUUUCCCGCUCAUGAGCCCCGGCGAGCUGAUCCAAAUCUCCCAGGACGACGAGGGCGAAAGCGAGUCCCUGAUGCGCUCGGAAACGGCCUGCGUCAACCUCCUGCUGGAGGCCAGCAAUUACCAGAUGAUGCCGUACAUGCAGCCCGCGCUGCAGACCGAGAGGACGCAGAUCCGGUCGGACGCCACGCACAUUCUGGCCCUGGGCGGGGUCAUGCGGCAGCAGCUGGUGGUGAGCCGCGAGCUGAGGCUGUACGACGAGAACAGCCGCCACUGGAGAGCCCUGAAGCCCAUGGAGGUGCCGCGGUACCAGCAUGGGGUGGCCCUGCUGGGGGGCUUCCUCUUCAUUGUUGGAGGUCAGAGUACUUAUGACACGAAGGGGAAGACGGCCAUAGACAGCGCUUACCGCUAUGACCCGCGCUUCGACAAGUGGCUUCAGAUUGCGUCCCUCAAUGACAAGCGGACCUUCUUCCACCUCAGCGCCCUGAAGGGGAAACUGUUCGCGGUGGGAGGAAGGAACGCCUCCGGGGAGAUCGACACGGUGGAAUGUUACAACCUGAAGAAAAACGAGUGGAGCUUUGUGUCCAACAUGGUGGAGCCUCACUAUGGACACGCUGGCACUGUUCACGGGGACCUCAUGUACAUCUCAGGCGGGAUCACGCGUGACACCUUCCAGAAAGAGCUGUGGUGUUACGACCCGGUUGCCGACACGUGGAGCCAGCGGGCCGACAUGGUGGAGCUGCGGGGGCUGCACUGCAUGUGCACUGUGGGGGACAGGCUCUACGUCAUGGGGGGAAAUCACUUCAGAGGCACCAGUGACUACGACGACGUCCUGGGCUGCGAGUACUACAGCCCAGAAGCAGACCAGUGGACGGUGGUGGCGCCCAUGCCGCGGGGCCAGAGCGACGUAGGCGUGACGGUGUUCAACGGGCAGAUUUAUGUGGUGGGGGGGUAUUCCUGGAACAGCAGAUGCAUGGUUGACAUUGUGCAGCGGUACGAUCCGGAGCAGGACGUGUGGGACCGGGUGUUCAACGUGCUGGAGCCUCUCGGGGGGAUCCGCGCCUGCACGAUGACUGUUCACCUGCCAGAGGGGUCAGUGGAUGAGGCCCAGAUACAAGACUGCCCCCUACCCACAGCCAAGAGCUGAUCACCGCGUGCGGCGGUGGGGGGUUUCGGUUUAGUCAUAGAAGAAGAACAAAACAGGAAGUGUGUGGGCUGCAAACACAAGUGCAGCAAACUCUUUCUGCAUGAGCUUAUGGAGCUUUUUCAUCAUCCUGUACUGCUGUUGAUCUGAGCUAACGUUUACCUCAUCAGACCUCUCCUCACUGUCUGUGCUUUACCUGAAAUAUCCAUGAUUUUGGUGUUUUCAACAUGUUCUUGGGGCUUUUUUCUCAUGUUUUAGGACAUAUAUAUACUGUAUAUAUAUACACAUAUAUUCAAAAACGAAGAUUAAAAUUGUGUUUCUGAGUAUUUCUUUAUAAUCCUGUUGAAUCAGGAGCAUAAGAAAAAUGGUGUUGGAAAAGCUUGUGGUUACAACAAUCGUUUGACCAGUCUCCUUCACUCUGAUGCAUCCACUCACAGAAAAAUAGAUCCAUUAGCAUCUCUGUUUUCAUCGGAACAGAUCAAAACUGGACGGCUGGAUAGCAACACCAUUAUCCGAACAUCUUUGUUACAACGCUAACGUUAGCUUGGGGUUGUGGGGGGCUGUAAGCUAGAGGGAGAGAGUGUAAACAGCUGAAAUUGGGGCUUGCUUCAUACAACUCAGAGGGGAAUUUCUGAUGAACUUCUGCCACUUUAUCAAAAAUACACCGUAAGAAAUUAAUCACUGAAUCAAUUAACAAAAGCUCUGUCAUUUGUUACAUUUAAAAAUAUUAAUUUGUAUCAAAUUAAUUUUUUAAGUUAAGUAUACAAUCAACCUUAA